AUGGCCGAUCGACUCUGCGUCUACUACAGACAUGAUAACAUAUUUAAACUUGCACGUAAUAGUUUUGUUAUUUCAGAGCCCAAUUUCAUUGGCAUGAAGCAUGUGACUGAGGGAGAUGACAACCCAGAGGGGGAUGAUGACAAGAUUUACCUUUUCUUUAAUGAAAGAGCUGUGGAGUACGAUGCCUACAGUAAGAUGGAGGUGUCAAGGGUGGCCCGUGUUUGUAAGGGGGAUGUGGGAGGACAGCGGACACUGCAGAAGAAGUGGACAUCAUUUCUAAAGACUCACCUGGACUGUCCUGUUCUUCAAACCAGACUACCACUUCUCAUACAGGAUGUGUUCCUCUUCUGGCCAGACACCUGGAAAACCUGUAUGUUCUACGGUGUCUUCACUCCUCAGGGGAUUGUGUGUAUUAACAGUAAGACAAGGGAGAAAGGGUUUUCAACGUCUUUGGACCUCCCUGAUGAAACCCUUCAGUUCAUCCUAUACAACCCACUGAUGGAUCAGGCAGUGAAGCCUUCUGAGCAGCCCCUACUGGUGAAGAAAGGACCUGUGUUUAUUCGUAUAGUGGUGGCCAGCACUACUGCCCUGGAUGGGAGCAGCCAUCAGGUCAUGUUUAUUGGCACAGCAAGCGGUUCAGUGCUGAAAGCAGUCAACUAUGACGGAAAGAUGGUGAUAAUAGAGGAGAUGCAGCUCUUUAAGCAGUCCGACCCAGUGAAGAUAUUGCGGCUCUCUGUCACCCUGGGUCAGCUGUAUGCAGGCUCAGAGGAAGCAAUGGUGCAGAUGCCUCUUAGUACAUGUGACCAUUACGCUUCCUGUAUGGACUGUGUGCUGGCCAGAGACCCAUACUGUGGCUGGGACCUCAGCGCUGAACGCUGCAUUGCUAUAAAAAACAUUCAUCCAGAUACACACAGUGAGGUGGUUCAGAGUCUGAGAGAUGGAAAUGCUGCACGUUGUCCUGCAGUCGAAAGUACUACGAUCAUUCAAAACUUCUAUCUUGGUAACGUGGUCAGGUUGCUGUGCCAGCCAGGAUCAAACCUGGCCCGAGUGCAGUGGAGCUUAAACAAUCACACAAUUCAAAACUCCAACAAGUACCACAAUCUUCACAACAACCUGUUGAUCCUCAAUGCCUCGGACAGUGACAACGGAUUCUACACCUGCACCGCUGUAGAGUCCUCCAAUGGUAAAGAGGAUGUCAUCCAAAAUGCUACAUAUGAGCUGAGGCUGGGGAACUUCAUGGAGCAUCCUUCGGUUCAGCCACUGGCCCAGGACCAGCAGAAAUCUCUCUUGGCCCUCAAAAUCCUUGUCAUUAUACCAACACUGAUAUUAUUAGCUCUAGUGGUAUGGAAUGUCUACAAAGGACAUUUUGCCAUCCUGAGAUGCUUGGAGAAAGCUGAGGAAAGUCCACAGAGUGUGUCUGGAUGUCAGGAGAUACAGCUCUAAUAUUUCAAGAGAGUUCAACAGAUACAACAAUCAACAGAAUAGCUGGAUCCCCUGAUACGACAGCAUAAUCGAGACAAAUUGUUCUAGUGAAUUUUAUUUUUUAUUUUGCAGACACCUCAAUGACAAAU